AUGUCCCAAAAAAAAGAAAUCAAAAUUGAAAAGAAUUCUCCGCUUUCACAAGAGAUAAAGCGUAUUAUUGAAAAUAUUACCAAAGAAUAUGGUGAAGGCACUAUUACUACCUUAGGGGAAAGUAAAUUUAAAGAUCAGCCUACUUUAUCUACCGGAAGUUUUAUUUUGGACCAAGAAAUAGGAGGUGGUUAUCCUUUUGGAAGGAUUGUUGAAAUUUAUGGAGAAAAUGCGAGUGGUAAAACUACUUUGGCUCUCCAUGCUCACGCCCAAAAUAUUGGGGUAAACAUUAACGAAUUAUUAGUUCUUCGUCCUAAAUAUGGCGAACAAGCCUUUCAAUUAUUAAUUGAAUUUAUUCGCGGGGGAGCAGGCUUGAUUGUUAUUGAUUCAGUAGCGCCUUUAAUACCGAUUGAGUUAUUGGGAAAUUGGGAAAGACCACCGAUUGGUGCUCACGCUAAAAUGUUAAAUAACGGUCUAAGUCAAAUUAACAAUGAAAUGACUAAUAAAGAGACAAUUAUAAUUUUUAUUAACCAAAUUCGAAAUAAAGUGUCUACUGGCUUUUUUAUUGGCAAUCCAAAAACUACUACGGGAGGAGUGGCUUUGACCUAUUACGCCAGUUUACGAAUAGAGUUAAAAAAUAAAAAAGAAAAAAUUGAGAAAGAAGGAGAAUAUGUUGGGAUUAAAGUUUGGUUUCGAAUUGAAAAAAACCGGUCAAUUUCUUCUCGUCCUGCUUCCAAAGAAAGCAAAGAAAAACCUAUUGAAAUGAUGUUUAAAGGUGGUGUCCAAGAAGAAAGGGAGAUGGUUGAUUUAGCCACUGAACUAAAUGUUUUGCAAAAGAGUGGCAAUUGA